AUGUUUCCUUCUUCUUGGCGUUACUGGGUAGAUGGUCGUGCGCUCCUGGUGCUCUUACUCUUUCUAAUUCACUCCUGUAUAGUGUACAAAUCUGCAAUAGAUGGUUCCAGUAAAAAUGAGGAGAUCUUGCGUCGUGAUGCACAUAUUCAUGCUGACCUUAAGAGUUAUUUAAUACCAGUAGGUCCCAUGUAUACGUUUAGGGUUCAUUUUCUUAAUAAACAGCAACAGGACCAUCAGGGUAUUUCUAAAAUGGAGGAGGAAGAAACGGAGACACUUGUACGUUCUGUUGCACCAGUAGAUUGUUUAAUUGUAAAUUUUGCGGAGAAUGUUCUUUGGAAUCAAACCUAUAUGAUUGAACAGUUUUCUAAAACACAUCACUGGCCCUUGGUACUGGCUUUACGUCCAUCGAGUGAUACUCAUUUCAGAAUUUUUAAUCCUUUGCCAAAACGACCUUUGCUAUGGAGAAGAGAAGGGAAUAAUGAUGACCAUUUAAUUCCUGUUCCUCUUGUAAUUCGUUUACGUAACAUCUCUGAACUUGUUAAUUCUGAAAUGACCCCACAUAAACCCUUUAAAAGAUUACAAAACACUUCUAUAAUUGCAUGUUUUCUUUUAGAAACAGAUCCCGCGUUGAUUCAUAUUCCUGGUGCUGGAACUUUGGAAGAUGAGCUUUCCAUAUCAAACCCGGGGAAAUCACGUAUUCCUGUCAUUGCGAGACAUUUGAAUAACAUACAUGGUGCUAGUUGGGCCUUCUUUAUCUCUCCGUGUAGGAGUAACCGUGUGUACUCGUGGGAUAAACGUCAUUUUGAUUUUUUAAAUACUUCUACCCUGUGGUGGGUAUGUGUGUCGUCUGAUACCCUUAUAGAGGUAAAUGCAGUAGCACAGUUGCUCACAGUGGUUACGGAUUAG